AUGGACCGUAUGGAAGAAGGUGUGAUUAUUGAUCCAUUAGGAUUAAAUGAGAAUAUGAAGCUCAAUCUUGAUUUUUCUGAUUUAUUCAAUAAUGGUGGUUCUGGAAACUUUGCAACAAAGCCUAAACUAAGACCGCAUGCGAUAAAUCCACCUUUGGAGAGUGAAGCGCCUGAAAUGUCCGCUUUGCAGGUGCCUUCAGAUGACCUCAAAAAAGUCUUAUGGAAAGAAAGAGAAUAUGGACUGUCCGCUAGGAGCCUGGUGGCGCGAUGGCUCCUGACCAAGAGAAUACGCUCAUCUUUGGAAAAAGAAAUAGAACAAUUGGAAUCAGCUUUGUCUUUAUGGAAAUGGAAGUAUGAAGAACUGAGAGAAUUGAAGUUAAAAAAUCCAAAAGAGUCAUUGUGGCAUUGUGUGAUUAUAGAUUUAACCUUUUUAUUUUUUCUCCAGAUUAGCCUUUUUCAUGGUCAACAUGAAAAUGAAGUGGAAGGAAAAUCAAAAGAUGUAAAAGAAGGACCAAAAUCUCAAAACAGCAAAGAUAGAGAGAUCCAUGAGCUAAGAAGAGAGCUGGAGAGGUUGCAGGCUGAAAAUACCUCAGAGUGGGACCAGAGGGAAAUGCUUGAAACAGAAAAACAAGGACUGGAGAGAGAAAAUAGAAGGCUAAAGGUCCAGGUGAGAGAACUGGAAGAACUGUUGGACAGGAGAAAUAAAUUAAGCGCAAACUCUCAAGAUCCUGGUUUCAAAACACCAGAAAUCGAACUGCAGGAACAAUCCGAGGUAUGGGUUCCCCUUGUGAGCGCGUGUUCUUUUAGCUGUAUCUUCUCUUCCUGAUGCCCAGGCCGCUGCUGAGCUUCCUCAACUUCUACACACUUCCAGACCUGCGUAUUUCCUUUUGUGCUGUCUAAUAUCUGAGAACUCAUUAUUUCUCCCACUGUGACAUAAAAUAAUGUCGUUCAUGCAUUUCAAAACAGAGUGUGACAACUUUCGGCUAGAAGUGUUAGAUUAUGACACAUCUUCUGACAGUUUCAAAAUUUUGUGAAAGGAGCUAAAAAAUGAAGUACAGGACAGACCUUUGUGCUUUUGCUCCUUGUUAUGGUUUUUGUCUCAGUGUUUUCCAAGAAAUGGAUCUUACUUUCAGUAAGUAUCUUUCCUAAUUAACUUGAGCAAUUACACAAUAAGCACUUCGUCUGUAACUAUGGUAAAUAUCUCACAAACAUUUAAAUUUAGCCAAAGCUUACUGUUCUCUAGUUUAUUUUUAGUCAGUCUCAGAACAAUUAUUUUUGAGUUAAUUACAAACAGCUUUUAUAGGCUGCAGCAUAAACGUUAAAACCAGAUUUAAAUUCAAAAUUCAACUUUGGGAAAUCUAGCUUGUUUUGGAAUUGUUUUAUCUUCAAGGCAAUAGACAUAGUUACUGUUAUGGAUAGGAUUUUUUUGGUAAAUAGGUUUCAGAUUUUCAUAUUGCUCUUAGUGACAGUUUUAUAGUUGUAAUGGAUAUAUUUUAGUGUUAGUAUGCAUCUUGUUUCUUUUUUUUAUCUAGUAAAGUUAUCAGUAGCAUCUUAAUACAAAAUAUUGUUUUUUCACUCAAUUCCGUUAACUGUUGUGAAAAGUUAGUUGGGUAAGUUCAUAUUUUUUUAAAUUCUAGAACUAGUUCAUAUUCCUUUGAGCUCUAAAAACUAAAUGGUAAGAAAAAUAUAAUUCCAUAUCACUUUUCAUUACUUUUUUGAUCCUAGGGAUUUAUUGCAAACAGAUUAAUGGUUUCUGAUUCGACCAUACAGAUAUCUAAAGUUAAAUGUUAUAGUCAUUGAUUAUAAUUUUCUAUUUUAUAGAUUCAUAAACCAUCUAUUGUGGUGUAUUUGACCCUGACAUAUAUACACUUGAUAAACCUGUAGAGAAUUUUUUGCCAAUUUCUACUUGUGGAGGCACAGAAAUAUCUCUAAUUAUGGAACACAGUUUGCUUAUCCAAAUAGCUGUUUCCAUUUGAUUCACUGGAACAGGACAUUUACUUAUAUAACACUCUGUGUCAGUCACUGCUCCAGAUGCUCACGAUAUGAGUACUAAUGAAUCAUUCUCCCUGACCAUCAUGGUCUUAGAGUCUGCACAGGGAGACAUAAAAUAUUAUGAAUGAUUCAUUGCAAUAAUUUCUAAGAAUAGA